AUGAUCAUUAGCGUUACAAAAAGUAAUGCACAUGUGAUUAAAUAUUCUGAAGUAAGCGUUCUAACUGCAUCUAAUUCUUUAGAUAAUUUCAAAGUAAUUGGUCCAGAUAAUUUGCCCAAAGCUAAUGACUAUGAUGAUCCCAUGCCUUCGUCAAUUGAGAAAGAAACUAAUGAA